AUGCCGUUAUCACACAGGGCCUCUUCAAAUGGGGAUCCGUGGCCCGCCAAAGAUAUAAUCUACCUCGCGAUCGUCGGGCCGUUGAUGCUUGCAGCCGUGUUUGAAUGGGUACUCUGGCUUGGAGCCUUCAUCUACUGCUUAGUGAAGGUGUAUAUCAAAGCAGAUCACUGGACUAUAAGAGUCCUCGCUGUGGUGAUGAUCUUUCUGUUCUCGGUGAUACGAUUGGCCUUCCUUCCAGUCAUGCUUGUGACACUGCCACUGCCGCCACAGGUUACCGUCCACUUUCCCCCCGCAAUGGUGCAUGCGUUUCAAGUGUUUGCAUUCUGGUCCUUUUCGAUUCUGCUAGUCGGACCGUGGCUUUUCUGUGUUUAUGGGCUCACCACCAACUCGCUGGGGAGGGAAAAGAAAAUCAAACGUGUGCUUGAUGAUCGCACUGCCCCGAAGACUGUAGUGGUCAUGCCGGUAUACAAGGAAGAACCAAGUAUAUUGAUCAAAGCGAUCAACUCGGUGGUCGAUUGCGACUAUCCUGCAAAUUGCAUCCACGUUUUUCUUUCCUAUGAUGGUGGCAAGGUGGAUGAGCCAUAUCUGCGGGUUUUGGAUCAUCUCGGAAUCCCCAUCACACUGGAAAGCUAUCCUCAAAGCAUUGAUUGUACCUACAAAGGUGCACGAAUUACCGUGUCUCGCUUCAAACAUGGCGGUAAGAGAAAUUGCCAAAAGCAUACCUUCAAGCUUAUCGACAAAGUCUACGCCGAAUAUUUGAAGCGACACGAUAAUCUGUUUGUUCUUUUCAUCGAUUCCGACUGCAUCCUUGAUCGCGUUUGCUUGCAGAACUUCAUGUACGACAUGGAACUCAAGCCUGGUAGCAAGCGCAACAUGCUUGCCAUGACGGGCAUAAUCACAUCUACUACGGAAAAAAAUACCUUAUUAACCAUUCUCCAAGACAUGGAAUAUGUCCACGGUCAGCUUUUCGAACGAUCCGUGGAGUCAGGUUGUGGUGCUGUGACCUGCCUUCCUGGGGCUUUGACCAUUUUACGCUUUUCCGCUUUCCGGAGGAUGGCCAAGUAUUACUUUUCGGACAAGGCUGAGCAAUGUGACGAUCUUUUUGACUAUGGCAAAUGCCAUCUUGGAGAAGACCGAUGGCUCACGCACCUAUUCAUGAUCGGCGCGAAGGAGCGAUAUCAAAUUCAGUUAUGCACGAGUGCCUUCUGUAAGACCGAAGCCGUCCAAACGUUUAGUACCCUCUUAAAGCAACGUCGUCGAUGGUUUCUGGGUUUUAUCACUAACGAGGUCUGCAUGAUCACUGAUAUCCGGCUUUGGGUGCGCUAUCCCAUUCUGUGCCUCGUUCGACUAAUGCAAAACACAAUUCGAACCACUGCACUGCUCUUUUUCAUCAUGAUAAUCGCAUUGAUUACAACCUCCAAGAAGGUGGGUGAUCUUCCUGUUGGCUUCAUGGCUGUGUCCCUGGGGCUGAACUAUCUGCUCAUGCUGUACUUUGGCUUCCGCCUUGGACGCUACAAAGCGUGGCUUUACCCUAUCAUGUUUGUUCUGAAUCCGUUCUUCAACUGGACCUACAUGGUCUAUGGUAUUUUCACGGCCGGCCAGCGGACUUGGGGAGGACCACGGGCUGAUGCGGCCGCUGCGGACGACCAUACCACGCCGGGCGAAGCAGUCGAACGGGCGAAGGAACAGGGCGAUGAACUCAAUGUGAAUGUCGAUACCUUCCGGGCCAGUAGUAUCCGACGAAGAUCUGUGCCUGUCCGCCCAUCCGAGAACGUCGAAGGUCGGUUUGCACCUGCAGAGCAGCUUCUGGAUGGAUUCUAUGUUAACACAGCCGGCCCUGGGCCUGCGCUAGCCCGAAUGGUGAAUGCGAUGGAGAAUAAUUCCCAGCACCAAUUACCUCAUCACUUCCGCCAUUCGACUGAUUCCGUGCACAGUAUGUCGUCGGAUUGCGGCUCGAAUUCGAUAGUCAUGCCACAAAACGUGGAAAACCUCGUGAUGAGCGAGGAAGACCAAAAGAAACUCUAUUAUGCCCGCCAAGGUCGGGCAUCAACGGGCUCAACGGGAUUUGACAGUCAUCACUCGAUGGGUGCCUUUGUGGACGCAGUCCCCCUACAGUCUUUGGUCACAGCGUCCGACCACAAUAACAUCUCGGAACUCGCUCACCCACCAGAAGCAUACCAAUCUAGCCGUUCCGAGAACAUCCCUCCAGCCUAUAGACCAGAUGAGGAAUGGCGCCGAGCAACUGUUGGAGUCUUUGACCCACCUCAUGAUAUUAUUGUCUAA